AUGGACGAAAUACAGUGGGAUGCAGUCCAAAACGGGGACCUGGAGAGUCUGGGAGACGUGCUCCUUUCGAGCUCGACCUCUCGUCGAGUUCGCGCUCUCCAGGAAAUCCGCGAAAAGAACGGGACAAUACUGUCGCAAAAAACCCAGAGACCUCUGUUAGACCUUCUUUUCCGGACGUAUCCUCUCUACAUUGACCGUCCCUCACGUUUGGCGGUUCAGCAAUGCCUCCGAACUGUCCUGCGCUCUACAACCGAAAAACAGGAUCUGGAAUACUUGGCCGGGCGACUACGAAACGAGUGUUCGAAGUCAAGCCUUGCGCCUGCCUCCGCUUUUGUUCUCGUUGAGUGGUGCUCGAUUGUGCUGCAGCAUCUAUGCAAUGAUGCGCAGGCUCCUUUGGCACUCGUUCUGGACGUCAUGUCCGCAGAUGCGAAGGUGCUGGAGACAUGCCUCGGAGCAGACACGAAGCAGACCGUAAAAGAAUCUGCCUUCAGAGUCACUCGACGUGCUCUCCGGGCCGUCUUCUCUUCAGAGAGUUGGGGUGAAGAGGCGAUCCGGGAAUCAGUGACACGACUGACAGGCGAUCCUGCUUCGGCUCAGAGAAAUGCGCCUUUUCUCGGCGUUAUCUCUGGGGUCUCUGCGCGUCUCCAGGCCAGAAGACACGUUCUGGAAGGCCUUAAAAAGCCAAUCCUGGCGUUCUAUGCUAAGGAGAUACUGGGCUCUCGAACACCUGUUCCAGGGCACAUUGCAGAUGGCCUGUCCGAUUUCUUUUCGUCAUUUGCUACUCAUGAAGAUCUGAAAACAGAAGUCUUUCCUACUCUAGAGAAAGCUAUCCUGAGAUCCCCAGAGGUAGUGCUGGGUGGUUUGAUCCCGCCCCUCUGCUCUUCAAUACCCCAAGAGAUUGAUUUGUCAGAGGUGGUCUACUCCCGUCUCGUGAAGCCUCUUCUGUCCAGUCUCAAGUCCACAAAUCCGGUAAUUAGACAAGGCGCAGCCCAGUCUUUGGAGUCCCUGAUAUCCAAAUGCAGGUCUGAGGACUGGCUCCUGAAAGUGAUAGGUGAAAUCAUUGGUCCUCUGAAGACCCAGAAAAUUUCAAACGCCGAGCAGCGCGCUUUGCAUGCACAAGUGCUGUCUGCCAUUCCCUGCUUCGUCAAUCUAUCCCAAGAAGUAGUCCAGGGCCUGGUCCCGGUGUCGUCUCGUGAGUCGAGCGAAGUAGCCCUGGAGCCCGAACUCAAGGCUGUCUGCAAGCACCUCGCCCAUCUCGUCCAAUCUAAAGUGGCCCUUAAGGACGAUAUAAUAACCACCAUUUCAAAGGGCUCUGGGGAUAAACGUGUCCCCUUUCGAAAAGUAUGGCAGCUCAAUAUCGGCGACGUUCUCUGGAAGAUCGACCAGGAGACUCUCUCGCAUCCCUCAAAUGUGCCCUUUGUCAAGCAGAUGCUCGCCAAGCUGAAGGACUCGUUCAACGAAGUUGUCGCAAAUCCCUUGCCAUCUGCUCAGAGUGGCCUUGUCUCAAUUGCUUAUGUACUCCUUGCUUUAUGCGGUCGCUUGCAGGAAUCUGACAUUGUAACGUCUGACGAGUGGGCUAACACUGCUGCGCAAUCGGUGUCGCUCACCCCUAAGCCUUCGUUCUUGCUGAAUCCGAAGGUUUAUACUAAGCUGACAUCAGAAGAUGAUUUCCGGUGGAAAACACGGGCGCUCGCCGCAAUCGCGACGAGGCCUGGCAUUCGGAGCUAUGACUCUACGACAAAGGAUGCAUGGGGUCAAGCUUUCAUAUAUGUCAUUGCCAGCCCUGUGGUUCCACCAAGAAGCCGCGAAACAGCGUGCCGCGCGUUGUCGGAGGUUUAUCUCAAGGAUGCGGAUACGAUUGGCACUGUCAUUAGUGAUGCGGUGUGGACCUGGAUUCUUUCCUUGGAAACCGCUGAGAAAGAGUCCGCUGCUGUCGCUGCUGGCGCGAACAGUCAAAACUUCCUUCAUCUUGUUAUCAAAGCCAUUCGUCCUCGUGUAUCUGACAUCCAAGCAUCCGGCCAAGCGGGCAUCGAGCUCACCCUCAAAAACCAGCUUAUCAAUACCCUUGUGCUUUGUCGCGGUGAACUGAUUCCGAAGGUGUCCUGGAUUGAAUUAUGCCUGAGGACCGGAACAGAUCCUGGAAGACUCGUUUCCGAACGGCCUGAUGAAUGCAUUCAACAACUGACCCGGGUGAUGGAGGAUCCGGUUCAGUCUAGGAUACCUCAAGCAAGCACCGCUGUCUGGAAUGCGGCCGCAGAUCUCGCGUUCGUUGCUCCGGAUGUUAUGGUGCCGCAUCUCGUUCGACUCAUUCAGGAUGACUUAGACACUAACCGUAUAUCCAAAUUCACACCGACCGAUGCUGCUAUUGCACGCACUCCGGAAGGAACAAUGUUUGUGGAUGUGUUGAGCACUAAGACUGCUCAACCUCUUUCCGCGAAGAGCGUCAAGGAUUACGAUACUUUGAAGUGGGAAGAGGAACUAAGGGCUCAACUUGCUCAAAAGAAAGGGCAGACGCAGAAGAAACUCACAGCAGAAGAACAGGCCAAAGUCAAAGCACAAUUGGAGAAAGAAGCCAAAAUUCGGGAAGAAGUUCUGCGUGAAACGAAGCGAAUUGAGCGAGGUGCCGGAAUUGUACGGGGCCUGGCUACUGGUCCACCUAUUGAUGCAGAUGGUUGGAUUAACGCGGCAAUCGCUUCUCUUCUGUCCCUAGCACGAUCUAAUGCUGGCCUCUUCGUCGGUGAUACUGUCUCGAAAGCGUACAUUGCUUGCUCUGAAAAGAUUUCAUCUCGUCUCGGUACUCUACGACCAUUUGUCGGCGUUGCAACGUUGCGAGCCUUGGGGAACACAUAUCUACCUCCUGAAACGGAGGUAGAACCUCUCGGAGAUCUUGUAAUCAGAAUUCUCUACCGGCUGCGCUUUACAUCUGAACAACUACCUUUCGACACAGUGUCUCUGGCAUACGCGCUUCCUCUGAUCUUUUUGGUCCUCAGCCGAAACGGUAUUGAAGAGAAGAAAGGAGAGGAGGAGGGAGAGCAAAUCUUGCUGACAUUGGAGUUUCUGUCAUUCCAUUCCUCUUCCUUUUCGGAUAGCCGUCUUCCCCGCGGUGAAGUCCUGCAGCACUUGGUUACCUCACUGCACAAAUAUUCCCAGCACUAUAAACUGGUCAAGGAUACCUUGUUCGAUCUCUGCAGAUGCAUAUCGCCCAAUAUUUCUCGUGAGGAGCUAGACGUCCUGCUCGAAGGGACUCUCGCUUCCGAUAUAUCGGUUAGGACUGCUGUGUUGCAGGUUAUAGAAGCUGAAAUUGACCUGACGGACCUGGAUUUCUCCGAGCAUAUCUGGCUAUGCUGUCACGAUCACGUCGAGGAGAAUGUCGAGCUUUCGGAGACGAUCUGGGAAGAAAAUGCACUGGAAGUGUACGAGGAUUCUUACCCGAAGAUCGUGAAAUACCUUGACUCCAAGGAUUCACAAUUGAGAGGGGCAGCCGCUCGUGCUCUUGCACAUGCGGUCAAAUUGAACACAUCGAUAUUUGCGAAAGUGCUGUCAGAGUUGCAGUCAAGGUACGAGACUGAGAUCCAGCCGAAGGCUCCUGAGAAAGAUAAAUACGGGAUGCCCCUCAAAGUGGACACGACAGACCACUGGGAAAUCCGAAGCGGGAUAGCCCUUACUUUCAAGGCUAUGACAAACUUAUUUGAGGGCGAUCAAAUUGUGUCUUUCAUGAAGUUCCUGAUCGAGAAGGGUCCUCUGGUAGACAAGAACGCCUCCGUGAGAGGGCAAAUGGCGGACAGUGGAAGAUCCGUGAUCGCGAUGCGUGGUGAGCAGAAAGUCGAGGAAUUGAUGGGACUCUUUGAAAAGACGCUGGAAACAUCGGACAAGGCCACAGAGAGUUCUGACUGGCUCAACGAGGCUGUCAUCAUCCUUUACGGCUCUUUGGCCAGACAUCUCAAGGCAGGAGAUCCGCGGUUAGGAACAGUCAUUCAAAAACUUCUUGCUGCUCUUCCUACCCCUUCUGAAAUGGUCCAGUCCGCAGUGGCAGAGUGCCUUCCACCCCUGAUUAGGCUAUCGGGCCCUGAAACCGAAGGAUACGUUCGAGAGAUGCUCGAUCAGCUUGUGCAGUCUAAGAAGUAUGCCACCCGGCGUGGUGCGGCAUAUGGUCUUGCUGGAAUCGUUUCUGGUAAAGGACUCAUCGCCUUACGGCAGUAUCAGAUCAUGUCUGCCCUCAAAGAAGCUCUUGAGAACAGAAAGGAUCCGAACCAGCGACAAGGUGCUCUUCUGGCCUAUGAGCUGUUUUCUGCUGUCCUUGGUCGGAAAUUUGAGCCUUACGUCAUCCAAAUUGUCCCUCAUCUGCUCACAAGCUUCGGCGACCCAAGCGUCGAGGUCCGGGAUGCUUGUCUUGACGCUGCGAAGGCGUGCUUUGCAAGCCUUAGCUCUUAUGGAGUGAAGAAGAUCCUUCCUACGCUCCUAGAAGGUCUUGAUGAUACGCAAUGGCGCAGUAAGAAGGGUGCCUGUGAUUUGCUUGGUGCCAUGGCGUACCUCGAUCCCCAACAGCUUGCAGCUAGUCUACCAGAUAUCAUCCCUCCUCUGACAGAGGUGCUGAAUGACAGUCAUAAGGAGGUGCGAAACGCCGCGAAUCGCAGUCUGCAACGCUUUGGCGAAGUCAUCAGCAACCCGGAGGUGAAGAGUCUAGUUGGCAUCCUCUUGAAGGCUCUUAGUGAUCCAACAAAGCAUACCGAAGAAGCCUUGGACGCAUUGAUCAAGGUUUCCUUCGUCCACUAUUUGGAUGCUCCGUCGUUGGCUCUUGUCGUGCGCAUUCUGGAACGUGGGCUUGGUGAUAGGUCAACAACGAAACGCAAAGCUGCCCAGAUUAUCGGGAGCUUGGCUCAUCUUACAGAGCGCAGAGAUCUCAUCUCUCACUUGCCCAUCUUGGUUGCUGGAUUGCGUCUUGCGAUCGUCGAUCCGGUGCCCACGACUCGGGCUACCGCAUCCAAAGCCCUGGGUUCCCUCAUUGAGAAGCUCGGAGAAGACGCGUUGCCUGAUCUUAUUCCGAGUCUUAUGUCAACUCUUAAAUCGGAUACUGGAGCGGGCGACAGGUUGGGAUCUGCCCAGGCUCUUUCCGAAGUUCUUGCAGGGCUGGGAACGACGAGACUCGAGGAGACAUUGCCCACUAUACUUCAAAACGUCUCCAGCUCCAAGCCUACUGUCAGAGAAGGCUUCAUGUCUCUUUUCAUUUUCCUGCCUGCCUGCUUUGGCAACAGCUUCGCCUCCUACCUUAACAGAAUUAUCCCCCCUAUUCUGUCUGGGUUAGCAGAUGACGUUGAGUCAAUUCGUGAAACUGCCUUGCGAGCUGGUCGCUUGUUGGUCAAGAAUUUCGCAUCGAAGGCCAUUGACCUUCUCCUUCCGGAACUCGAGCGAGGUUUGGCGGAUGACAACCACCGUAUCAGGUUGAGUUCCGUCGAGCUUGUUGGUGAUCUGUUGUUCAAUAUCACCGGUAUUACGAACAAGGUCGAUGCCGAGGAACAAGAAGAAGGUGCGACACAAGCCGGCCAGUCUUUGCUGCAAAUUCUCGGGGAAGAGAAGCGGAACAAAGUAUUAUCCUCUCUCUACAUAUGUCGCUGCGAUACUUCCGGCCUGGUCAGGAGCGCUGCAGUUUCGGUGUGGAAGGCGCUGGUGGCUUCUCCAAAGACACUGAAGGAUCUGGUGCCCACGUUGACACAAUUGAUCAUUUGCCGUCUCGGAUCAUCCAACAUGGAACAAAAAGUCAUUGCCGGAAACGCACUGGGAGACCUCAUCAAGAAGGCUGGAGAAGGCGUUCUUGCUACCUUGUUGCCCUCGCUCGAGGAUGGCCUACGAACUUCCUCAGAUGUCGAUGCCAGGCAAGGUAUCUGUAUCGCGCUACGCGAACUUAUUGCCUCAGCGUCGCCCGAGGCUCUGGAGGAUUAUGAAAAGAUACUCAUAUCUAUUGUCCGUGUUGCAUUGGUUGACAGCAAUGAGGAUGUCCGGGAGGCAGCAGCUGAAGCAUUCGAUGCGUUGCAGCAAAGCUUUGGCAAGAAAGCAGUUGAUCAAGUUCUACCAUAUCUUCUGUCUCUGCUGCGAAACGAGGAGGAUGCCGAACAAGCGCUGUCGGCUCUCCUUACCCUUCUUACGGAAACCACUCGCGCCAACAUCAUUCUUCCAAAUCUCAUCCCUACCUUGCUUACACCUCCAAUCUCCGCCUUCAAUGCAAAGGCUCUUGCAUCCUUGUCAGAAGUGGCUAGCUCUGCUAUGACUCGUCGACUGCCGACUAUCCUCAACGCCCUUAUGGAUGAGAUCAUCUCAACCAAGGACGAUGAACACAAACAGGAGCUUGGCAAAGCCUUCGAUGCCGUCCUUGUGUCCGUGGACGAGUAUGACGGUCUCAAUGUUGUUAUGAGCGUUAUGAUGUCUCUCAUGAAACACGACGAUCAUCGACGACGAGCCAACGCAGCCAUCCACCUUGCCACAUUCUUCUCGGAUGCUGAGAUAGACUUCUCAAGAUAUCACCAGGACUUGAUCCGCGUGUUGCUCAUAUCGUUCGACGACAAGGAUCAGGAUGUGGUCAAGGCUGCAUGGACCGCGUUAAGUCAGCUGACCUCGAAGAUGCGCAAAGAAGAGAUGGAGAUAUUGGUGAUCCCCACACGCCAGGUACUACGGCAGGUUGGAGUCCCUGGAGCGGAUCUUCCUGGUUUCAGCUUGCCCAAGGGAAUUACCGCUAUUUUCCCCAUCUUCCUCCAGGGUCUGUUGAAUGGCAACGUAGAACAGCGAACGCAAGCUGCUCUCGCGAUUGCCGACAUCAUCGAUCGGACCGGGGCGGAAUCUCUGAAACCAUUUGUGACUCAGAUCACCGGUCCGUUGAUCAGAGUUGUUUCUGAACGAUCUGUGGAGAUCAAA